AUGGCUCUCCAUGUUGGAACUGAACUCCGGAUCGUGUUGUUUGGAAAAACCGGAGUAGGAAAAAGCUCAGCCGGGAACACCAUCUUAGGAUCGAUCCAGUUUCACACAGAACUCGGUUCUUCAUCAGUUACCAGACGCUGUCAGAAACAGAGUUCUACUGUUGGGGGGAGAACAGUGAGGGUUGUAGACACUCCAGAUUUUUUCUUUAACACUUAUGAAGAAGAUCUGAGAUCAGAGAUAGAGAAAAGUGUGAUUCUGUCUUCUCCAGGAGUCCAUGCCUUCCUCUUCAUACUGAAACCCACCACCUUUACCAAGCAAGAGGCAGAUAUGAUGCUGCUGUUUGAGCAGAGUUAUGGAGAGGAAGCGUUUAACCACACUGUAAUCCUCUUCACACACGGAGAUCAGCUGAAUAACUCACAGAUACAAACACUGAUCUCACAGAACCAGAUGUUAGAGAAUCUGGUAAAUCUCUGUGGAGGAAGAUUUCAUCUACUCAAUAAUAAAGAUCCAGAUAACAGACAGCAGGUGACUGAGCUUCUGCAGAAGAUAGAUCACAUGGUGUCUGAGAAUGAGAGCAGAUGCUACACACUGGAGAUGCUGCAAGAGGCUGAGAGGAAAGCAGAACAGCAGAGAGAAAGGAUUGUAGAAGAGCAAUGCCAAGAGAAAGAGAGAAAAGAGAGAGAACACCAGAUGAAUUUGGAGAGAGUGAGGAGAGAGACAGAGGAACGUGUGCGCAAGGAGGAAAUUAAAAAUAUGGCCAAAGAAGAGGAGAUGAGGCCAGAGAGUGCAGACCUUAGGAAUGUAGACAUUAAGAAACAUUUUUGGGAGAUAUGUGCUAUUUUGAUGUGCUAUCAAUUGAAGUCCAAGCGAUUUUGA